CUAGACAAGAGAAAUAUGGAGAACUAUAGAUCGGUCAACUGGCAGUUUAGUGGUAGCGAAGCAGCCAAAAAGGCUGCAGCUGCCACGCUAGGGAGUUACACCUCUAGAAUCAUGUCUCGGUGUGACCCUAAUGGAAAACCCAUUUUGCCCCCUCUAAGUGAAGCCCCCGAGACUAGCCAUACCGCUGAGAAGGCAGUCGUUAAAGCUGUCCUUGACGGUAGUGGAAACGCCUAUGCUCCAAGUAUUGGCCUUCCCGCAGCUAAAAGGUAAUAUAUACAUCGAAUUAUCGUUGA